GGUUUGAACUCAGGCCAACUGCUGGGGGUUUAGUUAAAUGUUGAUUAAAGCUUUUGAUUUGAUUUUAUUUUUCUUCUUCCGCUGAAUGAAAAUCGUGGUAAUCAAGUCCAGUUUAAAUUGGAUCGUCUUAAGCAAAUCUUUAUCACGUGAAGCUGAAGAGCAAUAAAUAAAAGAAGCCAGCCUCCCCUCGUUCACCUUAUUCAAACAAUCAAAUUUAUGAUGCUACCAUUUAUUAAUUAGGUUGCUCUUUUACUUGUUGGGUCUAUCUAUUUAUAUUUUGAUUUUCCUUUUUGAAACAAACCCAGAGAUUUAAGCUGCGAGAAUUUCGGCGUUGAAGAAGCAAUCGAUCAAAUAAUGGAAAUUGAAUCAUUGAGGAACAAGACUGAUAAAUUACCAAUGGAAACCCCACAGGGCACUUCGGACGCCGCCAGAGUCCUCAGGAACCGGCGGAGACGGAGAAACAUCUGUUUCGCCGUCAUCGGCGUUUUGGUUUUCGUCAUACUCUUGAUCGUCAUCUUGGCCUUCACCGUCUUCAAGGCCAAACGCCCCGUCACCGCCAUCGACGACGUCUCCCUCCGCGACCUCAAAGUCUCCGUCGAUCUGGCCAGGUUCCAGGUGCUGCUCAACGCCACCCUCGACGUCGAUAUCUCGAUCGAGAACCCUAACAAAGUGGGAUUCAAAUUCAAGGACUCGAACGCCCAAUUGAAUUACAGGGGCCAAGAGGUCGGGGAGGUCCCGAUCCCCGCAGGUAAAAUCCCUGCCGACAAAACCGUCCCCAUGAACCUGACGCUAACAGUAAUGGCGGACCGAUUGAUCUCCGAUUCGAAAUUCUUCUCCGAUGUGACGAGUGGCCAGUUGCCACUCAGCACUAAGACACAGAUCCCGGGCAAGGUUAGCGUGUUGAAUAUGUUUAGGAUCAGUGUUGUUUCGUCGUCUUCGUGCGAUUUUACCGUCUUUUUAUCAAAUUCCACUGUUGGGGACCAAAACUGCAAGUAUAAGACAAAAUUUUAAUAUUUUAUUCCCAAUGGGUUUUUUUUUUAUCUUUAUUUGGGAUUGUUUGUACUUGAAUCCAUUGUAGCCGAAGCUUGCUUGCUAGUCCUUUUACUUGUAAUUUUA